UUACGCAUGCGCCAGUUUUAGCUCUACAACACGCAUGCGCCUGUUUUAGAACAACAGUGCGCAUGCGUCAGUUUUAGUACAGUUGUACGCAUGCGGCUGUUUUGGCUCAACAGGGCGCAUGCGCCAGUUUCGAUAGACUAAUACGCAUGUGCCAGCUUUGGCGCUACACUACGCAUGCUCUUUUAUCGAUAUUUCACUUGUUUUACGUUUAAAGGCCAUCAUGUAAAUACUUUAGUAUUUGGUUUCCUAAAAUCUGGUGCUCCGCGGGGCACCACCGAUCACUACAGAUCAGCGGGGGAAGGAGGAGAGUCUGAGGUGGCCAGCGCGCACAUUGCGCUCCAGGAGCUCCUCUGAUCCCUCUCAGCUCCCUAAAGCCGCCAACAACGCUUCCGCCCCUCAUCACAGCGCGGUGCAGUUCCUCACUUUGGCCACGCGGUGGCAGUAGAGACCGCGGAAAGGGCUUCUCCAUUCUGGUUUCAAGUGACGAACACAAAGUUAAACGGGGGGAUUGGGUAGAAAUGAAGAACAAAUGAGUAAGAAAAAGAAGAAGAAGAAGAAAAGAAGAAAAAAAAGAAGAAAAAAAGAAAAAGAAGGAACAAUUCUCCAAACUCAAGAAACCUGUGUUAACUGCUUAUGAAUAUCUCAGGGCCAUUAGUGUCUGAAGGACAGUGGAGUGCUGCUGGUGGGCUGGUCUCAGUGUGCCUCCUCAUGUUCCUUGUCCCUGCAGUCCAUUCUGAUGCGUCUCCUGGUCCCAUGCUCCUUUCAAGUGACUCUUGGUCUUUGGAGGUCUCCCACUGGAGACUGACCUCAAAGUCACCUCAGGCAGGAUUGCUCCUGGGACAGACUUACAAGAGGAGGAGACCACUUGUGCCAUCCCUAUGUGGUAACCCUUGAGGUUUCUUCGGUUCAGCCAUGGGCCAGAAAGAAUCCUUCCAGACCCAUAGCCUGAAUACCUCAGCCCAGCUCCCUGCAGAGGGCACCUCAGGGACCUCCCCAAAACCUCAGCACAGAACCUAUUGGCUGCUGUGGCCACCCAGUGCCACCAGCAAGGCGAGAGCUGCCUUGAGAAGUGAGCAGUCCCUUCAUCAUCCUGCUGCAUCUGUGAGGAGCUGCACUGCAGACACCAUGCAGCCCCAUGCCAUCCUCCUUCUGUUCUUCUUCCCUGGGACCUGGGCAGAGCCAGAGGGCUCCCACAUGCUCAAGCUUCUCCAUUUCGCCACCUUCCAAAACAGCACCUCCGUGCUUGUGGGAGGACUGGGACUCUUGGGGGACGUGGAAAUGGGGUCUCUGGACAGCCGCACUGGGAACAUCCACUACUACCGGCCCUGGCUGCGCCCAUCCUUGCCGAAAGGUGACUGGGAUGUCAUCGAGAGCUCCAUCAAGUCAUACGUGAGAGAUUUCAGCAAGCUGGUACAGAUGUACACCACAGUGCCCUACCCUUUUGUCUUCCAGUCCUCCAUAGGCUGUGAGCUCCAGUCCAACGGGACCAUCAGGACCUUCUUAGACAUUGCUUACGAGGGCCAGAAUUUCCUCCGUUUCUGCCUGGACAAAGGCACUUGGGAUCAGAUGCAACAUAACCAGUUGGCAGCCAUAGCUGAGCACCUGAUGAUGAACGCCAGCACUCUCAAUGAGGUGAUCCAAGUGCUCCUCAACAACACCUGUGUGGACAUUCUGAGAAUUUUCAUCCAGGCUGGGAAAGCAGAUCUGGAGAGACAAGUGCCACCCAUCGCUGUGGUCUUUGCCCGCACGGCCGGCCCAGCGCAGCUCCUGCUGGUUUGCCGUGUCACCAGCUUCUACCCGCGGCCCAUCACCGUCACCUGGCUGCGGGACGGCAGAGAGGUGCCCCCGAGCCCGGCGCUGAGCACCGGCGCUGUGUUACCCAACGCCGACCUCACCUACCAGCUCCGCAGCACCCUGCUGGUGUCCCCCCGGGACGGGCACAGCUACGCCUGCCGCGUGCAGCACUGCAGCCUGGGUGACCGCAGCCUCCUCGUCCCCUGGGAGCACUCCAAGCGGGGGCUGAGCGCUGGGCUCGGGGCGGUCCUGCUGCUGGCUGCGGCCGCCGUCGCCGCAGUGUUGGUGUGGAGAUACAGGAAGCGGCAGCGCUUGGACGAGGAGCGCAGCAUCCCUCCGGAGGAGCACCGGAGCGCAGUGCAGGAUGGGACAGCCGCGGGGCACUACGGGGGCUGCGGCCGCGGAACGCCCGGUGAGGGGAGGGGGCACAGUUGAGUGCUUCUCAGCGCUGCACCUCGUGAAGGCGCCCCAGUGCUCGCGGCAGCUCCCCCAGCCCUGAUAAAGGUACCCACCUGCCCACGAGCAGCGAGCUGCACCCUCCCAUUGGCACCUUCUGCAUUUUAUUGCCCACCCACCGCCUUUAUUAACCCUAUUCCGGAGAUAUUUGUGCCCAAUUCCCCCUCCAGCGACGCCCACCAGCGGCGCUGGAAGUGCUGAGCAGCACUGAGCUCUACUGUGCUCCGAGAGGAAAGCGAUGCUCAAACACUGCCUUGCUCACCAUGGAGAUGUGGGUGUGAGUGGGAUUUGGGUGAAAACAGGCAGGUUUGAGGCAAACGGAGCGUGGAAUAAAUGAAUAAUUAGACCCAUAGGUUGUGCGGAAAUCCCAGCCCACAAGUACUUCCUCUGUGGGCAUAACCGUGCUGUGGGGCGAGGUGCUCCCAGAUGAUGGGGGCAGCACCCCAAUCUCAGCCCUGGGAGGAACCCAUCCGCGCUCCUGAACAAUUCCGGCUCUGAAAGCAGUGGAUCCCAGCAGUUCCUCUGCGCACCUCUGGGCAGAACGGGGCUGGGAAGGGGCAUGCAGAGGGAAGGGGCUCGAGGGAAAGCCAAGAGGGAGUGAGGAGAAGUGGUGCCCAGAGGGUACACGCACCAUGGGAGCACCUGAGGGCCUCCGGGGCUCAGCCCUCACCUGGGAAGUCAAAACUCCACAUUCUGGGGUCACCGCAGUGUCACCGGGGUCUGAGUGGGCAGAAGCCCCACAGCCCUUCAGGGACACCAAUUGCAGUCAGGAGGGACAGC